AUGGCCGUGCGCGCCGCGCGCCCCUGCCUGCUGGCGCUCGUGCUGUGCUGGUGCUGGGGGGCGCUGGCCGAGGUCGCCCCCAGGCCGACCAACGGGUGUCCGAGCCGCUGCCUGUGCUUCCGCACCACGGUGCGCUGCAUGCAUCUGCUGCUGGAGGCCGUGCCCGCCGUGGCGCCGCAGACCUCCAUCCUGGAUCUUCGCUUUAACAGAAUCAGAGAGAUCCAGCCGGGGGCCUUCAGGGGGCUGAGAAACCUGAACACAUUGCUUCUCAAUAAUAAUCAGAUCAAGAGCAUACCCAGUGGGUCAUUUGAAGACUUGGAGAAUCUGAAAUACCUCUAUCUGUACAAGAAUGAGAUCCAGGCGAUUGACCGGCAGGCCUUCAAGGGGCUUGCCUCUCUUGAGCAACUAUACCUGCACUUCAAUCAGAUAGAAACUUUGGACCCAGAGUCGUUUCAGCAUCUGCCGAAGCUGGAGCGGCUGUUUUUACAUAAUAACCGAAUUACACAUUUGGUUCCAGGGACAUUUAAUCACUUGGAAUCUAUGAGAAGAUUGCGCCUGGACUCCAACGCGCUUCGCUGCGACUGUGAGAUCCUGUGGCUGGCAGACCUGCUGAAGGGCUAUGCGCGGUCAGGAAACGCACAGGCCGCGGCCACCUGUGAGUAUCCCAGGCGCAUCCAGGGCCGGUCCGUGGCCACCAUCACCCCGGAGGAGCUGGACUGUGAAAGGCCGCGGAUCACGUCGGAGCCGCAGGACGCCGACGUCACCCUGGGCAACACCGUCUUCUUCACCUGCAGGGCUGAGGGCAACCCCAAGCCCGAGAUCAUCUGGCUGCGGAACAACAAUGAGCUGAGCAUGAAGACGGAUUCCCGCUUGAACUUGCUGGAUGACGGGACCCUCAUGAUCCAGAACACGCGAGAGACGGACCAGGGCAUCUACCAGUGCAUGGCGAAGAACGUGGCCGGGGAGGUGAAGACGCAGGAGGUGACCCUCAGAUACUUCCGGUCUCCAGCUCGCCCGGCAUUUGUGAUCCAGCCCCAGAACACAGAGGUGCUGGUGGGGGAGAGUGUGACCUUGGAGUGCAGCGCCACGGGCCACCCCCCACCGCAGAUCACCUGGACCAGGGGCGACCGCAGCCCCGUGCCCACGGACCCCCGGGUGAGCAUCACCCCGUCCGGCGGCCUCUACAUCCAGAACGUGGAGCAGGAGGACAGCGGGGAGUACACCUGCUUCGCCUCCAACACCGUGGACAGCAUCCACGCCACGGCGUUCAUCAUCGUCCAAGCGCUUCCUCAGUUCACCGUGACGCCCCAGGACAGAGCUGUCAUAGAGGGCCAGACGGUUGAGUUCCACUGCGAGGCAAAGGGCUACCCGCAGCCCGUCAUCGCCUGGACGAAGGGAGGGAGCCAGCUGUCGGUGGACAGGCGCCACCUGGUCCUGUCAUCAGGGACGCUGAGGAUCUUGGCAGUCGCCCUGCACGACCAGGGCCAGUACGAGUGCCAGGCUGUGAACAUCAUCGGCUCCCAGAGUGUCGCUGCGCACCUGACCGUCCAGCCCCGAGUUACCCCAGUGUUCACCAGCGUCCCCAGGGACAUGACGGUGGAGGCGGGCAGCAAUGUGCAGCUGCCCUGCCGUCCCCAGGGCGAGCCGGAGCCCGCUGUCACCUGGAACAAGGAUGGGGUUCAGGUGACAGAAAGCGGGAAAUUUCACAUCAGCCCCGAGGGGUUCCUCACCAUCCGUGACGUUGGGACUGCAGACGCUGGCCGCUAUGAGUGUGUGGCACGGAACACGAUCGGGCAGGCAUCGGUCAGCAUGGUGCUCAGUGUGAACGUUCCUGAUGUCAGUCGGAACGGGGACCCGUUUGUGGCCACGUCCAUCGUCGAAGCCAUUGCGACUGUGGACAGGGCCAUCAACUCCACGCGGACACACUUGUUUGACAGCCGCCCUCGCUCCCCGAACGAUCUGCUGGCCCUGUUCCGGUAUCCACGGGACCCCUACACGGUGGAGCAGGCCCGGGCCGGGGAGAUCUUCGAGCGGACGCUGCAGCUGAUCCAGGAGCAUGUGCAGCACGGCCUGAUGGUGGACCUCAAUGGAACCAGUUACCACUACAAUGACCUCGUGUCCCCGCAGUACCUGAGCCUGAUCGCCAACCUGUCGGGCUGCACGGCCCACCGGCGCGUCAACAACUGCUCGGACAUGUGCUUCCACCAGAAGUACCGCACGCACGACGGCACCUGCAACAACCUGCAGCACCCCAUGUGGGGCGCCUCGCUCACCGCCUUCGAGCGCCUGCUCAAGGCCGUGUACGAGAACGGCUUCAACACGCCGCGGGGCAUCGACCCGGGCCGGCGCUACCACGGGCACCCGCUGCCCAUGCCCCGCCUGGUGUCCACGGCCCUCAUCGGCUCGGAGGUCAUCACCCCAGACGAGCAGUUCACGCACAUGCUCAUGCAGUGGGGCCAGUUCCUGGACCACGACCUGGACUCCACGGUGGUGGCCCUGAGCCAGGCCCGCUUCUCCGACGGGCAGCACUGCAGCUCGGCCUGCAGCAACGACCCGCCCUGCUUCUCCGUGGCCCUGCCGCCUGAUGACCCGCGGGCGCGCAGCGGGGCACGCUGCAUGUUCUUCGUGCGCUCCAGCCCCGUGUGCGGCAGCGGCAUGACGUCGCUGCUCAUGAACUCCGUGUACCCCCGGGAGCAGAUCAACCAGCUCACGUCCUACAUCGACGCCUCCAACGUGUACGGCAGCUCUGAGCACGAGGCCCGUGCGGUCCGCGACCUGGCCAGCCAGCGCGGGCUGCUGCGACAGGGCAUCGUGCAGCGUUCUGGCAAGCCGCUGCUGCCCUUCGCCGCCGGGCCACCCACUGAAUGCAUGCGGGACGAGAACGAGAGCCCCAUCCCCUGCUUCCUAGCCGGCGACCACCGCGCCAACGAGCAGCUGGGCCUCACUAGCAUGCACACGCUGUGGUUCCGCGAGCACAACCGCGUGGCCGCCGAGCUGCUGGCUCUGAACCCGCACUGGGACGGCGACACGGUCUACCACGAGGCCCGCAAGCUGGUGGGCGCCCAGAUGCAACACAUCACCUACCAGCACUGGCUGCCCAAGGUGCUGGGCGAGGCGGGCAUGAAAAUGCUGGGCGAAUACCGCGGCUACGACCCGGGCGUCAACGCCGGCAUCGUCAACGCCUUCGCCACGGCCGCCUUCCGCUUCGGCCACACGCUCAUCAACCCCGUGCUGCAGCGGCUGGACGAGGACUUCCGGCCGCUGGCGCUGGGCCACGUGCCGCUGCACAAGGCCUUCUUCUCCCCCUUCCGCAUCGUCAACGAGGGCGGCAUAGACCCGCUGCUCCGCGGCCUGUUCGGCGUGCCCGGCAAGAUGCGCGUGCCGUCCCAGCUGCUCAACACGGAGCUCACGGAGCGGCUCUUCUCCAUGGCGCACACGGUGGCGCUGGACCUGGCUGCCAUCAACAUCCAGCGCGGCCGCGACCACGGCAUCCCGCCCUACCACGAGUACCGCGUCUACUGCAACCUGUCGGCCCCCCACACUUUCGAGGACCUGAAGAACGAGAUCAAGAGCCCCGAGAUCCGGGAGAAGCUGCAGCGGCUGUACGGCUCCCCGCUCAACAUCGACCUGUUCCCGGCCCUCAUGGUGGAGGACCUGGUGCCUGGCAGCCGCCUGGGACCCACCUUGAUGUGUCUGCUGAGCACGCAGUUCAAGCGCCUUCGGGACGGGGACAGGCUGUGGUACGAGAACCCGGGGGUCUUCACUCCGGCCCAGCUCACCCAGAUCAAGCAGGGCUCGCUGGCCCGCAUCGUAUGCGACAACGCCGACAACAUCACGCGUGUGCAGAGGGACGUGUUCCGAGUGGCCGAGUUCCCCCACGGCUACAGCAGCUGCGACGAGAUCCCCCGGGUGGACCUCCGGGUGUGGCAGGACUGCUGUGAAGACUGCAGAACCAGGGGCCAGUUCAACGCCUUCUCCUACCACUUCCGAGGCAGGCGGUCUCUUGAGUUCAGCUACCAGGAGGAUGAGCCAGCCAGGGAGACAGGGCCCGGGAAGGUGCCAAGAGCCGGGAAGCCCCGGGCACCUCCCAGUAACGGCACAGAUGCCUCCUUGGAGCAGCUGCAGGGGCCGGGGACCAGCGACUUCCGGGAGUUUGUCCUGGAGAUGCAGAAGACCAUCACGGACCUCAGGAAGCAGAUAAAGAAACUCGAGUCUCGGCUCGGCGCAGACUGCGUGGAUGCAGAUGGCAGCUCGUACGCGGACGGGGCUGAGUGGACUCGGGAUCCCUGCACCACCUGUGAAUGCCGCGAUGGGCAGGUCACCUGCUUUGUGGAGACUUGCCAGCCAGCUGACUGCCCAGCGCCCGCCAGGGUCAGUGGAGCCUGCUGCCCCGUGUGCUCCAGAGACUCCACGGGGAAGCAGCCCUGAGCGUCUGCGAGCCCGGAGCUUCUCCUGGCCCCGGGAGCUAGGUCGCGCAGGUGCCGGGGCAGCAAGGCUGGGAUGCGGGGGCCACGGCUCAGAGCCUUGCGAGCUCACCCGGGGACCCCCAGCCUGAGCGUUCACCGGCAGACCGCGGGGCAGACGCGUGUCCUGACUCGAUCUUAAGGUUUCUCAGGUUUCUAUUUAAUUUUUUUAAUGAAAAAUUGGUGCUACUAUUAAAUUGCACAGUUCAAUCAUUUAGGCUCCUAAUUGAUUUCACCUAGUAUCACCGUUUCUUCUCAACUGAAAGUUAGUCCCGCUGGGUUCCGGCGCCAGGAGCCUGCAGAGCGGAGCCGGCGGCAGAGGGACGCAGGAUUUGAAAGAGAAUCCGUCCCUGGCAAACAGAACAGUCUGCACGGACGUGGGGCGGCAGUGCAGGCGGCCAGCGUGGGC